AAUUUAAAGCAAAUUUUUUUGAUGCACGAGCACAAAAAGUAAUUUGUACAUUUAGUUUUUUAUAAUAUAUAAGAAAAAAUUCCAUUAUUUACCCAUGACACAAGCGGGAUUUGUACACUCAACCCCAGUUCCAAGAAUCUAUAAAAUUGCAUCUAAAGUUGCUAAAAAUGUGAAAGAAGGAAAAGACAGUUUGAAAAAUCUUGUGUACGCAGAAAGACAUGUUAAUAUAAAAGCACUUUAUGCUCUCGUUGUGGAGACUUUCAAAAGAAAUGAAAUUAUUGAUGAUCUUAUAGAGAAAUCAGAAUUACUAGUAAAGGAGCCACGAUUCAAUGUUUGGUUGGCUAAAAUAUUGAUAUCUGAAUUAUUAUGGGGUAAAAAUAAAAUGACAAGAGGAAGCAAGCCUAUUGAGACUAUUUUAAGCUAUGAGGAAAUUUUGAAGACAUUGCUUAAGGAUUGUGUUAGUUUGGAACAGCCUAUAUUAAAACAUAACAUUACCAAACCAAGAUACGUAAGAGUUAACACCUUAAAGAUAACCUUAGAAGAAGCUGUAACUAACUUUAGACAGGAAGGAUGGAUUUUUGUACCAUUUUUUAAUAAAUCUGACUAUGAAGGUUUUCAAAAUCGAUUGAACCUUCUCAAACCUGAUGAAUUUAUGAAAGACAUUCACAUACCUGAAUUACUGAUUUUUCCACCAAAAACUGAGUUUUAUCAACAUGAGGCUUAUAAAUCAGGAAAUAUAAUUUUACAAGAUAAAGCAAGUUGUUUACCAGUUCAUCUAUUAGCCCCACCACCUGGCUCUACUGUUCUAGAUACAUGUGCUGCGCCAGGAAUGAAAACUACUCAAUUAGCAGCACUCCUACAAAAUACAGGGACAGUUUAUGCUGUUGAAUUAAACCCAAGAAGGGAGGCCUUAUUGAAGGAACUUGUAGAAUCGGUAGGAGCAACAUGCAUAAAAACUAUUUUGAAAGAUGUCAUGCAAGUUUCAGCUGAUGAUUGUCCUGAUGUUGAAUAUAUUUUGGUGGAUCCGAGUUGCUCAGGAUCAGGCAUUACUGACCGUGUAGAAAUUGAGAAGUUGGACCUUUCCACUAAAAUGGAACGAUUAAAAAAACUCUGUAACUUUCAAGCCAAGUUAUUGAGGCAUACAAUGACUGCUUUCCCAAAGGCAAAAAGAAUUGUGUAUUCCACAUGCUCAAUGAAUGCAGAAGAAAAUGAAGAUGUUGUUCGACAAACAUUGGAGACCUCAAGGCAAUUCAAACUUAUAGAUGCGAAAAAAUUAUUACAGUCUUGGAAUACAAAAACAUCAGAAAUAUACCCACAAUUGGGAAAUAUGUGUAUAUAUGCUACACCAGAAGAAGAUAAAACCAAUGGAUUUUUUGUGGCUGUUUUUGAACGAUUGGAAGAUGGCGAGAAAAAUCCAUAUUUGAACUACGAAUUAUGCAAAUUCUUUGAUAAAGAAACAAGAAAAAAUAAUAGUCAAGAUAAUAUUCAACAAACUGAUGAAUUUUUGAUGAAUACAAAAAAUGGGAGUAAUGGAAAUCUAUUAAGUUCAAAUAAUUAUCAAAAAGAACAAAACAAGAACUCAUGUCAGAGAAAGAAGAACACAAAAGAAUUCCUUGAAGACUCAUCUUUCGAUAUCACAAGGAAUAAAAAAAACAAACGAAAAAUUAGGGAUCAUGAUAACCAUGGAAUGGAAACAUUUUAUGAAAAUAAUUGUGAAAGUAAAAAAUGUUUGUCUACUGAAAAUCCUGCAUCGAAAGAAAAAAAUAUACAAAAUUCAUAUGUUGAUGAGGAAAGUUUAUUUGUGAAUGAAUCUAAUUCAAAUUUUACAUUACCGCAAGAAAAAAAAAAGAAAAAAAAAGCAAAUAAGUUGAAUGAGGAAAAUAACGUAAAUCUUGAAAAUUCUGUUGGAAUAGGCCCUGUACCUAUUAGAAAACAAAAGAAAUGCAAAACGGCAAAUGCAGAAGAAAGUGAAAAUACUGAUCUUAAUACUGAGAAAUUAACAGAUCAGAAAAAAAUUAAACAGAAAAAUAAACAUUUGGAGAAAACCGAAGAAUUAGAAUCCUCACCACAUGAUGAGAGGAACGAUCAUACAGAAGAAGAUUCAAUAGGAGUUAGUUUUGGAGAAACUAAGGAGGAAAAAAAACACAAAAAAUCAAAGAAGGACAAUACAAAAACUGAAACAUUUAUUGAAAUUUCCUCUGAGAAUCAUUACUUAUGCAAAGAAAAAAAGUUGAAGAGGAAAAGCUCUAUCAAAAAUAUGGAAUCUGAGAUAGUUACAGAAGAAUCUAUCAAUAGUAGAUUUGAUAGUAUACCACCUAAAAAAAAGAAAAAAAAGAAGGAUAAAGAGAUUUCAAAGGAAGACAAUGGUCCUGAAAAUUCAUCCAUUUCCAUACAAGUAGAUGAGAAAAAACAAAAAAAGUCAAAGAAAGAAACUGAUAAAGCAGAGUUAUUGGAUGACUUUGAUCACGUUGAAAAAGAGAUUAUCCCAGAGUUAGAAGGAAAUAAUGAAAUCAAAAUCAAAAAGAAAAAAAAGAAGAAACUUACUGAUGACAAUGAAACUGUUCCAAGCAGACAUGAUAGCAGUUCUGAAUUAAGCCAAGAAAGAAAAAAGAUAAAAAAAGUUAAACAUUCUUUUGAAAGGGAUGUGGAAAUUGAAAGUGAGGAAAAGAAUAGUAUUUCAGAAACUAAGGAAGAGUUAAAUCAAAAGGAAAUUACAAAAAUAAAAAGAAGGAAAAGAAGUUCUGACAAUUUGGAGGACAACUGACAUCAUGGUAUUAAAUAAGUGAAAUUCAAAGCAGAGAAAGUGAUAAACAAUCAGAGGAACUACUAUCAGGUACUAAAUUGUUUUUGUCAGAAAAUUUAUUGUUGAUAAAGGAAUAUCUCUUUUA